AGCCUAACAUCGAGUCGUUUAGUCGAAAAAGUGUUGUUAACACGUACGGUAACAGAACUCAAACUCCAUCGGCAGCAACCGGAGUUUUUAGCAAAAGAGAGUUCUUUUAAGUGAUCAUUGUGUGAUAUUUCUAAGGACAAUUUUAAUAACAAUGCGUUCCUUGUUCGCAAUUUUCAUAAUCAGCAGCAUAUACGCAAGUAUUCGAGCGGAAGACGGUGAAUUUGAAAAAUUAAUUUUACCACCCACUUAUGGAGGAGCAUCCAAGGGAAAUUCCACUGACAGCCACUCGAUGGCUGCUCGUUCCUAUGUGGGAGGUCAGACAGGCUCUGAGUGUUCCUUUGGCACAGAGUGCACUCCACUUCACGACUGCACGGCGAUGAUCUAUGAGGUGGCAAAGAACUGUUACUACGGCGACAAGUCGUUGUUCUGUGGAGGUGGCGAAGAGAUGCCCUAUGUGUGUUGCCCGAGUAGUCCGCUGGAGAAGAACCAGGUGUGUGGCAAGUCUUUGGUGCAAGGACACUUCUACAAGGGACUGGGCUCAUAUCCAUUUGUAGCGCGCGUUGGCUUCAAGCACGUCAACACGGGAGCAUUUGCGUAUCCCUGUGCUGGUUCCAUCAUUGCCCGUCGGGUUAUCCUAACCGCCGCGCAUUGUGCCUUGGCCAAGGCCGAUGGUCAUCGUCUAUCAUCGGUGCGUGUUGGUGAAUAUGAUACAUCCAGCGAUCCGGAUUGCGCCAGCACUGGUUUCUGUGCUCCACGCUCGGUGAAUCAUGCGAUCAGCCAUGUUAUUGUACAUCCAGACUACAAGCAAGGGCAAUAUCAUCAUGACAUUGCGCUGCUCGUGCUAAAAACUCCACUCAACUACUCGGUGGCCACACAGCCAAUCUGCUUGCAAAAGACACGCGCCAAUUUGGUAGUGGGCAAGAGGGCAACCAUUGCCGGCUGGGGCAAGAUGUCCACGUCCAGCAUACGUCAGCCGGAGAUGUCGCACCUGGACGUGCCCUUGACCAGCUGGGAUCUUUGUUUGCGCAACUAUGGCUCAACGGGAGCUCUCGAGUCGCCCAACUCGAUUGAGGGCCAAUGGAUGUGCGCCGGCGGCGAAGGCAAAGAUGUGUGUCAGGGCUUUGGAGGUGCGCCGUUGUUCAUCCAGGAGAAUGGAAUCUUUUCGCAGAUCGGUAUAAUGUCCUUUGGCUCGGAUAACUGCGGCGGAUUACGCAUACCCAGCGUUUAUACCAGUCUGGUCUAUUUCCAGGAGUGGAUUCACGAUAAUACGCCGCCCGAAUAAGCCUUUCCUUUACUGUAUUUUCAUAAGAUAAGUCCCUAAUUUAUAAAAUCUGUAUUUAAAUUGGGUAUUCAUAUUAUU